UAACUUCACCACAGGGAUCUACACGAUGACCAACGUGAAAAAGCGUGUCAAGCUAAAGUCGCUAUCCCAAGGUCGUCCACGUACCGUCAAACCGGUCUCUUCAUUAUCCAGCAAAGCAACCAGGACGCUUAUACGGAAACAUCACACGCUCGAAAAGCAAAGAGCGAAAGCUCUUGCAGAUGGCGAUGAAGCAAAAGCAGCUGCUAUCGCAAAGCAGAUUGAAUUACAUGGUGGGCUUGAAAGUUACCAGCACGCCAGCCUUAUUGGCCAAAGCAAUGACCGAGGUGGUGAUAGUUCGAAGAUAUUAAUGGAAUGGUUUGCACCUAUACUUCCCGCGCUUAAGGAACAUGCUGCAAGCGGACAACCAAUUCGAAUGCUGGAGGUUGGAGCAUUGAGCGUUACGAAUGCUUGUUCCAAGAGCCAUCUAUUCGAAAUGGAAAGGAUCGAUUUGAGGAGUCAGGCAGAAGGCAUCAAAGAGGAGGAUUUUAUGGAAAGACCUCUCCCACGUGAUGACAAGGACCAAUUCGACAUCAUCAGUCUCUCUCUAGUCUUGAACUACGUUCCUGAUGCCAUUGGAAGGGGGAAGAUGUUGGAACGGACACUGAAAUUCUUGAAGGCCCGACAAUACCCAGAAGGUGGUCUUCGAGAUUUCCUUCCUAGCUUGUAUCUGGUCCUACCAGCGCCUUGCGUCACCAAUUCAAGAUACAUGGAUGAAAGCAAGCUAGAGGCGAUUAUGGAGAGCUUGGGCUACGUUAGAGUCAAGAGGAAACUGUCAAAUAAGCUGGUGUAUUAUCUCUGGAGGGCGGUAGCACCAGUCCCCAAGAGAACUACUGCUUUCAAGAAGGUCGAGAUCAGGUCUGGGAAGAAUCGGAAUAACUUUGCUAUUGUUCUGGCGUGAGCACUUAUGCCUGCUACUGUAUGGGAUGGCAUUAUCUGCUGUGAUUGGAUUGGUUGGGGUUUGAGGGUGUCGACACUGCAUGAUAGGUACCCGAUCAAGAGCUGAGAGGGCCAUAAAAGUAGGCAGCGCGUUUGUUAUUUUGUUAUGAAUGAAUAGAUGAUGUUGAGGGGAAUCAACGAUACUUCACCCUUCACCCAGGUAUAUUGUGGAAGGCAAUAUAUCGGAAUUUUGCUUACAACAAUCUUUGGAGAGAGGGGCAGGAAAGAUAUCCUAUGAAGAUCUCGGCUUGUAUAUAAAGUAGUACUACUGUACGCGGUAGAAGUUUCAUGUUACGGACGACGAAUGGAAACGCGAUUGCUUUUCGG